AUGUGGAGUUAUCCGUCAUGGAUAAAUCAAACAAAAGCUGCUGAAAGUCGUUCAGAAAUGUCAUCAAAAGGUGUAAUAUAUGGUGGAUCAGAAUCAUAUCGGCAUAUGUGUAGAUUCAAUUCAGGAUUUUUCUUUCAACAUCAACUGUUAUUACCUUUUGAUUAUUAUUGGAGAUUAGAACCUUCUGUUAAAUUUAUGUGCGACAUCGAUUAUGAUCCAUUUUUAUUUAUGCAAAAGAACAAAUUAGUUUAUGGAUUUACUAUUAGUUUAAAGGAAUAUGAAUCUACCAUUCCUACACUUUGGGAUGCCGUAAAACAAUUUAUAAAAGAAUAUCCACAUCAUAUUAAGGAGAAUAAUAUAAUGAAAUUCAUUAGUAAUGAUAAUGGAGAAACUUACAAUCUGUAA